AUGUCGUCAAGACCACAGCUCUCGGCCUUCACGCGCGGCCUCUCGGGCCUCUCCCAAAGCCAGAGUGCCGACGGCGCCAACUCGCCCGCUGAGCAGCGCGACGACGCGAAGCGCAACUUCCUCAAGACGAUGCGGCCGCUCCCGACGCAGCACUACUGGAACGUCUACUUUGACCGCCAGAACAAGGAAGCCGCCGCCGAUGGCCAGGAGUACAACGCCGAGCUCGAGCAACUCGGCUCCCAGAUCGAGUCCGUCCAGGACUUCUGGCGGUACAACAACAACACACCUGUCGACAUGAUCAAGAUGCGCGAGAGCAUCUACCUUUUCAAGUCUGGAUUCCGACCGGUGUGGGAAGACCGCCGAAACCUCAACGGUGGAAGUUGGACCUUUCGCGUACCCAAGGCCAGCGGGCCCGAUGUUUGGACGCGCGUCCAGCUGCUGGCCAUUGGAGAGGUACUCGAGGCGGCAUUGGACAAAGAUGACCAGCUGUGUGGCGUCGGCCUGUCAGUCCGCUUCAACUCCCACCUCAUCUCCAUCUGGCACCGCGAUUCGUCCAAGAAGAACUCGAUUGACGGCAUCUUUGCCUGUGUGAUGGAGCAGCUCCCGGAGGAGCUCACGCCCAAGGAGGACGGUUGUUUCUACAAGAAGCAUGCGGACCACCCUGGGUUCAACCCCCCGCCCGAGCUCAGGGCCGUGCUGGAUUCACAGCGCAGGGCGGCCGAGCAAAGGGCGGCCGGCGGUGAUGAUGCGGACGAGAAUGUGCCGGAGGUCAAGGUGGACUCGACGCAAUGA